CUAGUAACUGAGAUGGCAUUCCCUCUAGGGAUCCAGGGCACUGUCUUGGCCCUGCUUUGCAUCCUAGGCAGGCUGCUUGCACAUAGCAAGAAUGUUUCUUGGAGAGAAUUCAUGGAACAGCACCACUUAAGUCCAAGUCGAGAAUUCAAAGAGUACAAAUGUGACAUCCUCAUGAGAGAAAAAGAAGCUCUGAAAAACAAGAUCUCUCAUAUGUUCAUCUAUGUCUCCUGGUACAAAAUUGAGCAUGUAUGCAUUAGUGACAGCUGGAACGACCGCUACAGAAAUGCAUACAUAUGGGUUCAGAAUGCCCUCAAAGUACUCAAGUGUCACCGAGAGAAGUACAACAAGUACAUAGAGAGCAGAAGCCUCAACUACAUUGAAUUCCACUGUAGCAUGGAUGGGUAUGUUGACAGCAUAGAAGACCUGAAGAUGGUGGAGCCCAUAAGCAGCUAG